AUACUCAUAUACAUGUACACCGCCUGCGUGUAUGCUGUGUCGGCGUGCGCCUGCGGCCGCAGCUAGCAGCCUGUGCUUAAUUGGAUGCAGUUGCAGCGAUCCGUCGACCGGCCGGUCCAUCCGUCCAUGGUGAGUGGCGGCAGCAUCAAGGAGCAGCAGCACGAGAUGAACAUCUCCUUCGCGAUGGUGAACCACCACCACCACCAUCAGCAGCCUCCAUCCUCGUCCUCUUCCUCCUCCAUGCACGCGGCCGCUGCGAGCUUCAUGAGCGGCAAGGAGGCGUCGUCAGGAGCGUAUGCGUAUGACCAUCUGGGCGAGCUGGACCAGGCGUUGUUCAUGUACCUGGAUCACGGCAGAAGCCAUGGCGGCACGCCGCAGCAAGAGCAAAGGCAGACACUCAACAUCUUCCCCAUGCAUGUGGAGCCGUCGCCGAAGGGGGAGAUUAGUUUAGUUCUGCCCCCGGCGCCGGUGGGAUACAAGCAGCCUAGGUCACCGGACCAUCACCAUCACCAGCAUGCGGCCAUGGAGGAGUUGUUGGCGGAGAGCAGGAGGCAGCAGGAGCACCAACCCUUUGCUGCCGCUGCUGAGCCGGCAGCAGCACCCGGGAUGAUCAAAGGUGUCAAGCCACUGGCCAAGAAGGAUCAUAGGAGAGGCACAUCGACCACUGAACGCGACCCAAAAACGCUGAGAAGGCUGGCCCAGAAUAGGGAGGCUGCAAGGAAAAGCAGGCUAAGAAAGAAGGCUUACAUCCAGCAACUCGAGUCCAGCAGGAUCAGGCUAGCUCAGCUCGAACAAGAACUUCACACUACAAGAGCUCAUCAGGGAGUUUUCUUCCCCAACGGCGGCAUCCUCGCUGGCCAAAGUGUCGUCGGCAAAGGCGUCCCCAUCGGCGGCAUCGACAGCCUCAGCUCAGAGGCGGCGAUGUUCGAUGUGGAGUACGGGCGGUGGCAGGAGGAGCACUACCGGCUGAUGUACGAGCUUCGGGCGGCGCUGCAGCAGCACCUGCCGGAGGGGGAGCUGCAGAUGUACGUGGAGAGCUGCCUGGCGCACCACGACGAGAUGUUGGGCAUCAAGGAGGGCGCCAUCAAAGGCGACGUCUUCCACCUCAUCUCCGGCGUCUGGAGGAGCCCCGCCGAGCGCUGCUUCCUCUGGCUCGGCGGCUUUCGCCCCUCCGAGGUCAUCAAGAUGCUGCUGAGCCACGUGGAUCCCCUGACGGAGCAGCAGAUCGUGGCCGUGUACGGGCUACAGCAGUCGGCGCUAGAGACGGAGGAGACGCUGAGCCAGGGCAUGGAGGCGCUAUACCAGUCGUUGUCCGACACCAUCCUGUCCGACGCGCUCAGCUGUCCCUCCAACGUCGCCAUCUACAUGGGCCAGAUGGCCGCCGCCAUGAACAAGCUCUCCACGCUCAAGGGCUUCGUUAGACAAGCUGAGAACCUUCGGCAGCAGACGCUCCACCGGCUGCACCAGAUCCUGACGGCGCGGCAGAUGGCGCGCUCGCUGCUGGCCAUGUCGGACUACUUCCACCGUCUCCGGACGCUCAGCUCGCUCUGGGUCACACGCCCCAGGGCGCCGCAGGAGCAGCAGGGCCACAGCUAGCGGCGGCGACGGCCAGUGGUGACGACCGCCGGCCGCACGCAACGCUAGCUGGCGCACGCAUGUGUCCAUUCAUUGCAUAUAUGAGUCAUGCAUGGUGCGUGUGUGUGUGUCCGUCGCGCGUCGUUCGUCAUCGGUUCAAGGAACAGACCGGACAAGAAUUGGGCUUUGCAGGUAAUAGCUACUAAGCCAGUUAGGGCCGGGCUGGGGAAGAGAGAGCUAGCGAGGCCGAGGGAUCAACAAAAGGAUAAUGUUAAGCUUAGCGACGAUUGUCGUCUUCGUUGGU